AUGGGGAAGAAACCACCGGGGUCGAAGAAGGAGGAAAAGCAGACGAGGUCACAGUGGGAAGGCAAACACCCAGAGCCCAAGAGUCGGGUGGACGAGAGAAAGGUCCUGGCGACUGUGAAGCUUGCGGCGCCGGUUUGCAACCUCUUGGAAUUCAAGCUCGACUGCAGCCCUUCCACAAAGAUAUCUUUCAUCGUUGAUCGGAUCAUUGAUCGUCAUGGUGGAUCCAUCAGCGAUCUCUCUGUGUGUGUGAACCGCUUCCAUCCUGACGAGAUUGUUGGCAGAGAUAAGACUCUGGAGCAAUGUGGUGUCUUCGGCGGCGAGUGUCUCAUAUACUACGAUUUCGUGCCCAGAGCGGGUGCUUUACUCGCGUGA